CGUGCCGCGUGCGCAACGGUAGUGACGCGUUUUACUCGGAGUAUGGCGGAUACCGGCUUGCGCCGCGUGGUUCCCAGCGACCUUUAUCCCCUUGUGCUCGGCUUUCUGCGAGAUAACCAACUCUCGGAGGUGGCCAGUAAAUUUGCAAAAGCGACAGGCGCUACACAGCAGGACGCCAAUGCCUCUUCCCUCUUGGACAUCUAUAGCUUCUGGCUCAACAGGUCCACCAAAGCCCCAAAGGUGAAAUUACAGACAAAUGGACCAGUAACCAAGAAAGCUAAGAAAGAGACUUCAUCCAGUGACAGCAGUGAGGACAGCAGUGAGGAAGAGGACAAAGCCCAAGGACCUCCCACACAGAAGGCUGCCGCACCUGCCAAGCGAGCCAGUGUGCCUCAGCGUGCUGGGAAGGCAGCAGCCAAAGCUUCAGAGAGCAGCAGUAGCGAAGAAUCCAGUGAUGAAGAGGAGGAAGAGGACAAAAAGAAAAAGCCUGUCCAGCCGAAAGCAGUUAAGCCCCAAGCCAAGGCAGUCAAACCUCCUCCAAAGAAGGCAGAGAGCUCUGAGUCUGAGUCUGACUCAAGCUCAGAGGAUGAAGCACCCCAGACCCAGAAGCCAAAGACAGCUGUGGCAGCUAAAGCUCAGACUAAAGCCCCAGCCAAACCAGGUACACCAGCGAAAGUACAGCCUAAAGUAGCCAAUGGCAAAGCAGCAAGCAGCAGCAGCAGCAGUAGCAGCAGCGAUGACUCGGAGGAAGAGAAGAAGGCAGCCGCACCUCCCAAGAAGAAUGCACCUAAAAAGCAAGUCGUGGCCAAGGCACCAGUGAAAGUAACUGCCACCCCUACCCAAAAGAGUUCCAGCAGUGAAGAUUCUUCCAGUGAAGAGGAAGAGGAACAGAAAAAACCCAUGAAGAAAAAAGCAGGUCCCUACAGUUCAGUUCCACCACCUACUGUUCCUUUACCAAAGAAGUCCUCGGGAGCCCAGUCUCCAAAGAAAGCUGCUGCACAGACACGGCCUGCAGACAGCAGUGAGGACAGCAGUGAUGAGUCUGAUUCAAGUUCUGAGGAAGAGAAAAAAACACCAGCAAAGACGGUUGUCUCCAAGACACCUGCCAAACCAGCUCCAGUGAAGAAGAAAGCAGAGAGCUCUUCAGACAGCUCAGAUUCUGACAGUUCUGAGGAUGAAGCUCCUGCCAAGCCAGUCAGUACCACCAAGAGUCCCUUAAGCAAGCCAGCUGUCACUCCCAAGCCAUCUGAAGCAAAGGCAGUGGUAACUCCUAAGCAACCUGCAGGCAGUGGCCAGAAACCUCAGAGCAGGAAGGCGGACAGCAGCUCCAGUGAGGAGAGCAGCUCCAGCGAGGAAGAGGCUGCCAAGAAAAGUGUGACAACCCCCAAGGCCAAGGUGACAGCUAAAGCAGCACCCGCCAAACAGACUCCUCAGGCUGGCGGGGACAGCAGCUCAGAUUCAGAUAGUUCCAGCAGUGAAGAGGAGGAGAAGACACCUAAGCCCCCAGCUAAGAAGAAGGCAGCAGGUGCAACCGUUCCCAAACCAGCCCCUGUGAAGAAAGCAGUAGCCGAGAGCAGCAGCAGCAGCAGCAGCUCCUCCGAAGAUUCCAGUGAAGAAGAGAAAACACCCAAGGGCAAGGCCACUCCUAAGUCCCAGGCAAGCAAGGUCAAUGGCACUCCAGCUUCUCAGAAUGGAAAAGCAGGCAAGGCAAGUGAGGAGGAAGAGGAGGAGGAAGAAACAGAAGAGAAGAAAAAGGCAGCUGGGACCAAGCCAGGUUCAGGCAAGAAACGGAAGCAGAGUGAGACAGCAGAUGAAGUAGCAACUCCUCAAGCUAAGAAAGUUAAGCUCCAGACCCCCAAUACGUUUCCAAAAAGGAAGAAGGGAGAAAAAAGGGCAUCUUCCCCUUUCCGAAGGGUCAGGGAGGAGGAGAUUGAGGUGGACUCUCGAGUGGCAGACAAUUCCUUUGAUGCCAAGCGAGGUGCAGCUGGAGACUGGGGUGAGCGAGCCAAUCAGGUUCUGAAGUUCACCAAAGGCAAGUCCUUCCGGCAUGAAAAAACGAAGAAGAAGCGAGGCAGCUACCGCGGAGGCUCCAUCUCUGUCCAGGUCAAUUCGGUCAAGUUUGACAGCGAGUGACCUGUGGUCAUCUUGGGCAAAGGAAGGGCGAUGCUGGGAGGCUGGCACUCACCUCCAGUGGACCCACAACUCAGUGCUGUCGGGAGAGAGCUGUGCUGAGGACAGUGUGGAGCAGGCCUGAGCCAGUCCCAGCUGCAGGCCGCAGGCUCCUACUUCUGCACUGGCUUGGUUUUGAGCAAGGAUUUUUUUUUUUUUUUUUUUUUUUAAAGAAAUCUAUUUGGUUGUCAAUUGCUUUCCUGUUCUGUGGGUCUUCAUACUGAGAAAUUGUAUAUUUUAUAUUAAAUCAUGUCAUACAGAUUUUUGUUGUGAUUUUCAGAGAUGAGUUCCACAGAUUAAAAUCUUAGCUAUUGCCUAAGGUAAA